AUGGCUGGCAGGCUGUUACACAGUGCAUCUCCGACCACCUCCGCUCUUCUCACAGACUCCACAUCAGCAACCUGUGUACCGGCAUCCCCACUAGCGGGAACGCUCAGCCUCUGCAGCAGCAGUAGCCGCGUGGGCUCGUGCGGUUGCUGCAGGUCACCUUGCAACGCUCGUUUGUCCCGGCCCUCAGUUUCCCCCUUGUCCUUCGCAACGGCGGCUCAUGACGUCAGCCUUCCCAUAAGUGCCACCAGCAGCGUUGAGUCGCUCCCCUCUCGUCCGUGUGUGUUGAGGCAUAAAGGCGUCCCUUCGUCUCUCCGCUGGUCGCAACACCACCAAGCCGCGCCAGGGUUGCGAUACUUGAGACGCUCCAGCCACGGGUUGCUGGGGGCCGGCGUUCGCGCGUGGGGCCCUGAUAGGAUCUCACCGCCGAGUGCGCCGUCCGUGUCGGCUGUAAACACGCGGGAAGAUGGUGUCGUAGCUGACGGGGAGGAUGGCGCGUUGGGUGAUGGGUCUUCUCACGGACAAGGGGGGACGGUGAACCAAGUGAAAGGCCCGGAAGGGGAGGAAGUGGUGUUGGGAGAGGGUGUGAACGAGGAUUUGGAUUUGGGAUUGGAUGGAAACAGAGGGGGUGAUUAUAUCGUGGGUGAUUACAUUGGAGAUGGUGAGCUGGAGCGAUUGGUGCGCGACAUUGCGACGAUUGAGCGACAGAACGACACGAUGGUGCGACAGGUGUCGGAGUACACGCGCAUGCUGGCGGAGGCGUCGCGGAAGCUGAGCAUGUGCGCGCAGUCCACGCGCAUCGAAGCGGCGAAGCUGAAGAAAGUCGCGCGGCUGCAGCAAGCUGCUGAGGUGCGCCGCUUGGGGGAGAUGCGCUUGGCGGCGGCGGCAGAGGCGCGCCGGCAGGAGGAGGAGCGGCGUCGGGAAAGCAUGCGCGCGGCCGCGGAGUGGCAGGCGGAGAGACUAGCCGCGCAGCAACGUGCGGCGGAAGCGGCAGCGUCUCUCUCCACAAGCGCAGCGCCGGCGGAAGCGGAAGCAGGCAGAAACGGGGCGCUGGUGCAGGGCAUGGAGAGCGUGGGGACGGCGCAGGGGAGGGCGGACCUAGAAGGGGUUGGCGCUGCCGCUCAGGCUGCGCCUGAGGCGGCGGCGGCUGCUGCUGCUGCGACUCAGCUUACUUCCACACCUACUAAUGCAGCAGCAGUAGCGGAGCCUGAAAUUGCUGAAUCACCAUCGACAAAAGUACCAACGCCUUCAGCACCACCAGGCGUAGUGGUGGCCGCUGCAGCGGCAGCCGCGGCUGCUGCUUCCGCCGCGGCGAACGAGUACGCAGCUGCAGGCGCAACAAGGGGACCGCAAACCGAAGAAUCGGAAGCAGAGGACGACAGAGGGUCGGAGUGGAGCACAGAGGCAGUGCAGGCCUCCUCCGAGGGGGAGGAGGAGGAGGACACAGCCGUGGUGACAGAAACCACGCAGUGCUCCAUCGACCAUCCAGGCGCGCUCUCGUGCCUCACCACCACCAUCCGCAAGGACGACCGCAACCGCCAGGCCGUGGUAACCCUCGAAGCCACCGUGCAGUGCGCGGGCGACGCGUGCCUCACCUCCGCGCCGUCGCUCGGCGCGGACGACUACGCCGCGCUGGCCAUCGCGACUAUCGCGGACGCCGCCACGCAGAUGCGGCGCGAGCAGCGGCUGCAGCCAGGCGGCGAGGCGGGGGACCCGGCGGCGAGCGAGAGGAGGAGGCGGAUCGAGGAGCUGCUGGCGAAGGGGCACGUGGUGAAGGCGCGGCCUGUGGAGCCGCCGUCGAGGUUCGGGCAUGAGAGCUUCCUCGUGCGCCUGCGCUCACCAGACACCAAGGAAGAGAUUGACGCCAUGUUCAAGCCGCGGGUGGAAGGUGAUGCAGAGGGGUGGCACAGAGCGCCGAUAGAGUGGGUGGCAUACGAGCUCAACCUGCUGCUCGGCAUGGACUACAUUCCCCCGGUGGCGUACCGCACAGGUGGGGUGGAGCUCACUCUCAGCCGCUCCUCUGACCACAGCAACUCGCAGCACCACCACCACGAGCAGCACCAGCAGCAGCAGGAGCAGCACACAGUGCGGUAUGAGGAGGGCGCCUUCAUCUACUGGGUGCCGCACACCAAGGAGCUGCGCAAGGUGGCGGCUGCAUCAUGGGGCGUGUCUGUGGCGCACCUGCUGAGCGACACGCGCAUUCUGGACGUGCUUCUCAACAACAGUGACCGCCACCACGGGCACUUCCUGUUUGGCCAGCACUGGACGGACGGCACCAUGCGCCCUGUGCUCAUUGACCAUGCUGCUGGCUUCCGACGGGAGGCGGUGGUGCUGAUGGAGCACGAGAACGCGUUUCAGACGGGGUCCAUCCGGUGUGUGAGUGCGCACACGUACCUGCGCCUGCGCUUCCUCGACCGCUCCAUCCUCGCCCUCAAGUUCAGCGGCAUGCUCAGCGAGCAGGAAAUCACCGACCUCAUUACCCGCAGGGACCAGGUGCUGAAGUAUCUGGACCAUCUGGUAAAGGAGAGGGGCUACCAGCGAACUUAUUCAGAGACACAGCAACAACCCACAAUUGAGAAUGAUGAUACCCUGAAGUGCAUCAGUCACCUCCCACCGUGCUUCCGUCCAUUGUUUAGCUUCAGGUAUUUCAAUGCUGUUCAAAGUGAGGCCUUCGGGGAGGUGUACACGACAGACAACAAUAUUGUUGUGUCAGCUCCAACAGGAAGUGGCAAGACCGUGCUGUUUGAACUGGCUAUACUGCGGCUCCUAAGCAAGACGCUUACAUCUGGCCAGGACUGGGAAAGCACUUUUGGAAAGCAUUUGCAUCUCAAGUGCUCUGAGGUUACUGGAGACACCGACACCACGGUCAAGGAUCUUCACAAUGCAGAUAUCAUCCUUACCACACCAGAGAAAUUUGAUUCACUCACACGGAAGCAUCGUGAUAGAGGCGGUCUUACUCUUUUCGGCGACAUUGCUCUACUCCUAAUUGAUGAGGUUCAUCUCUUAAGCGAUCCACGUGGAGCCGCUCUGGAGGCUAUUGUCAGCAGACUGAAAAUGCUCUCGCGAUAUCCAGAAAUGUCAAAUUCGCCCAUUUCCAGCAUCCGAUUCGUGGCUGUUUCUGCUACCAUACCCAACCUGCAUGACAUUGCCGAUUGGCUCCUUUCCAAAGGCAAAGGAACAAGAAGGUCAAACCAUUUGGUAGAUAAUAGAAUCUCACUCUUCUUUUGUGUUACAGGUUAUGCGCCUGCCAAAAAUGACUUUCUCUUCGAGAAGAGACUGCAAUAUUUUCUUCCAGAGGUCAUCAAGCAGCACAAUGAUGGAAAGCCAGCGCUUGUGUUUUGCAGCACACGCAAGGGAGCUCAGGAUGCUGCACAGCAUCUUGCUACAGAGUUUUCGAAAAAUGGGCCCUACAACAAUCCUCUCGUGACAAAUCAGCAGCAAUGUGAUAGGCUUCAAGCAGCUUCCUUGUCAACCCAGGACAAGGUGUUGCAGUCUUGCAUCCGUCAUGGAGUUGCCUUCCACAAUGGUGGCCUGGACCAGAAGAAUCGAACACUUGUAGAAAGCCUUUUCCUGCGUGGAGACCUCCAGAUUAUAUGCACAACAGCUACCUUGGCUGUUGGUGUGAACCUGCCAGCCCAUCUUGUGGUGAUCAAGUCAACUCAAAUCUACAACAAAGAAAAGGGCGGCUAUGUGGAGUAUGAUCGAGCAUCUAUUCUGCAGAUGUCGGGUCGAGCUGGAAGGCCACAGUUUGACAAGACAGGGAAAGUUGUUAUUAUGACUCGGCGGGAAACGGUAUACCUUUAUGAAAACCUAAUGUCAGGCGCCCAGCCUGUGGAAUCAGAGCUGUUGAAUUCCAUCAUUGAACACCUCAAUGCAGAGAUUGUUCUUCUCACUGUUUCUGACAUGAGCUUAGCCAUUGACUGGUUGAAGAAUUCUUUUCUUUAUGUGCGGAUUCAGAAGAAUCCUUUGCAUUAUGGGAUUCCUUCCAACUUGAGCGAAGAUCAACUGAAAAGAAAGCUCAAAGAUAUUUGUGUGCAGAGCAUCAAUGAGCUUGUCAAGUAUGGCAUGGUCACCACAGACGAGUAUAACUAUGUUCUUCAGCCUGCAGAGCCAGGAAAGCUGAUGGCUCAGUCCUAUUUGAGUUUUGAGACCAUGAAGGCGAUCAGCCAGACUCCUAGUGGUGCCAAAAUGGAAGAUGUUCUUGGAGUUCUAUGCCGAUCGAAAGAACUCUCUUGGAUUAAGCUUAGGCGGUCAGAGAAGAAGUUUUUGAAUGACAUCAAUAGUGAGUCUUCAUCGAGGAUUCGUUAUCAUGUUAUGACGCCUGGGGGGAAAGUUAAGCGCCGGAUUCAGGAUGACAAUGAAAAGAUAUUCAUUCUCAUCAAUGACACCCUCUCUGGUGACCCAUCCAAUCUGGACUUUACCAUGUCACAGGACGUGAAAGGCAUCUGUACUAAUGGUAACCGCAUAGCUACCUGCAUGGGUCGCUAUUUUAUUUUUUCAAAGCGGUACAUGGAGUCUCUGUCUGCAUUGUGUCUGGCAAAAUGUUUGAGGCACCACCUGUGGGACACGUCUCAGUUUCUCCUUAAACAACUCGCUGGUGUCGGCCAUGUCACCGCCAAAGCGUUGCUUGCAGCUGGGAUCGACAGCUUUGAAAAGCUUCGGCAGAGUGACCCUCGCAGGCUCGAGUCCCUCACUGGCCGCAAGUAUCCCUUUGGGAACCAGAUAAAAGAGGCCCUUGAGUCUCUUCCUCCCUCUGUGGAUGUCACCAUUGCUGAAGGAGAGAAGGGGAAUUAUUCAGGAAAGCACGAAUUUCGGAUCAGCUUGAAAAGAGCUUGCUUUCCCAAGACAACAGGGAAGAAGAACUUUGUGUAUCUUCUCGUAGGAAAUGAGCAGAGCAACAGUCUUGUCUUCCAUGAGAAGAUUUGCCUGGAGACAUUCGCCAGUCCGUACAACAUUACUGUCAGCACGUCAUUCACUGGGCCAAGUGCUACCCUUGUGGCCUCUGUUGUUCACGAAGACUUUGUGGGAAUCGAUAUACAUACACGGUUUGAGAUUGGGCCGCCUGUUCAAGAUGGCAAUGUUCAUCGUACAUCUGCUGCUGAGGCAGCCCAUGCUCCUGAAUCAAAGGAAAAGCUUCAAGUACGGACCACAGCAGCCGAGGCUGAUGGGAAGAGUGGGGAGUUGCAGCAAGCUCGGAUAUCCGAGGAACGAGACGACCAAGACUUCGAACCGCCAUCGUUCUCUUUGCUUGGGGAAGAAGACAUCAGACCUCCUACCGGUGGUCAUUUUGAACAAACUUCUGACUCUGGCAGUGGCACUCUUGAAGAAUCAAAAGAAUGGAGUAACAAUAUCUGGAGCAGUACCACUGAAGAGGGUGAAAAACAACAGGUGGUAGGAGGCAACAAGCCAAAGCGCAAACUCUCCAAAUUUAGUGAGAAUGAGGAUGAAAUGUUUAAGAGUGUCAGCAGGAAGGUGCAGAAGCUUUCUGCUGCUUCCAAGGGACCACUGACAGCACCUCACUGUGCAAGCUCCUUGGGAGCCUGCACUCCUGUGCCUCGUGGCUGGCCAGCCUCUCGUCCAGCUCCCUUCCCUAGGGGCUCCAUGUCUUCCUUGCUCUCUGCAAGGUCUGCUGGAAGCAGAUCUACGUUGACCAGUGGAGGAAGCAGGGGCUCACUGACAUCAGGCAAUCAAGAGUCAAGGAGAGAGCCAGCAUUUUCGUCUCAACCAGGAAGUGCUGGGAGCUGGGCUUCUGAAGCUAACCAUGAAGGUGAUGGCCCCCAGGGGGGACCCAUUCAACGAAGGGUUUUGUUUUCUGGCUUAUGUGCAAGCAAAGAAAAGGAGACAGUGUCCUCACCGAUCAUGCACGGAAGAAAUUCCAAUAACCCGGAAGGCACUUUGGACUUGCCAACUGGCAUCUUCGGCCUUCGUCUGAAGAGUUUUUCUUCCAACAGCAUCAAUGUGCCAGCAGCAACUAGUUCUCGUUCUCCAUUAAAGGAGUCUCAGAUGGGCAACAGUAUGAGCAGCCUGUUUGACGAUUUUCUUGAUCGUCCGCCCAUGGCAGUCCCAGCUGAAGCAGCCUGCAUUGCUGGAAGAACUCGUCAAGCUGAAUCGCAGACAAUACUGUCAAAGUCCGACUCCAAGCCAUUUGUGCGGGAGUUCGUUAAGCGACCUUUGACAAGCCACAACGAGGUGUUGAGGGAGAUCAAUCACCCUGAAAGGUCUAGUGACUGCUCGGUUGUCUCAGUUCAGAAUCAACAGGAGUCACUGGAUGAUGCGUGCAAUGGUAGCCUUUUCUCCUUUCUGUAG